GAAUGACAACAUUACAGUGUCUAUUAUCUCGGCUAAUCGAGUUUGACUGUUGCAGAGAGUGGGUGUUGAACUUGUACGUGACGAAAAUAGCUGACUGGAGCUUCAUCUUCCCUCACCGGAUUUGUUCAUACCAAGGGAAAAACAAAAGUGAAGUGAAUUGCUACAUAAUAGGACUUUGAAACCAAGACUAUUGAUCAAAUAGAAAAUGAAUAUAAUUUAACACGGUACUGUACUAUGAAAUAAUCAAAAGUGGCUCAAUAAUAAACAAAAUUAUUUGAAAUAGACAGUACAGGUACUUAGAUACAUUAAUUCACUAACAAAUGUUGAUAGCAACAUUAUAAACCUUGAAAUAGCCGAGUGAAUUAAAAGGCUGAAAGACUUGGCUGAAAACGCUGUACGAGAGGUUUAUAGACUGGCAGGAGUAUAUAUGCAACACACUACACGGCUCAGGUGUUGAGCGAGGGCCGGAGUGUGGGAGCCGGGGCCUGGGGAGCCGAUAUGUCCUACUGAGGCCCACCCAACACUUCACCAGAAGUGUGCUUAACGACUCGCUGGGUGGUGGCGGCAGCAGCUAGGAGGCAGGAAAGUGGCACAUCACUUGGGGCACUAUGUCACACCACAGUGAUGAAAAUGCCAUAUAUACCUCCACAGACUCCUUCUGGGAGGUGGGCAACUACAAACGAACAACGAAAAGAAUUGAAGAUGGAAAUAGACUAUGUGACGACUUGAUGAAAUUAGUGUCAGAAAGAGCAGAAAUUGAGAAAAUGUAUGCAAAGAGUCUUAAAGAAUGGGCAAAGAAGUGGAACAAUAUCAUAGAAAAAGGUCCUGAGUAUGGCACGACUGAGGCAGCAUGGAAAGGUGUAUUGAUGGAAGCCGAACAAAGAUGUGAUCUUCAUAUGCGAGUCAAAGAAAACCUUAUAAAUGAAGUACACAGUAAUGUUAAACAGUGGCAAAGGGAUAAUUAUCACAAGUCUAUGAUGGGGCAGCUAAAAGAGAAGAAAGAUAUUGAAGACAUGUUCAAAAAGGCACAGAAACCUUGGUCUAAGCUUUUUGAGAAGGUAAACAAGAGUCGAACAGAUUAUCACAAUGCUUGUAAAAGCGAACGGUCUGCACAGAACCAAGAAAGAAAUGCUGGAGGUGACUCUUCACUUUCUCCUGACCAGGAACAUAAGAAAAACAGCAUAAUAAUUAUGCACAACAAUAUGAAGGUGAAGAAACUUCAAGACAGGGUAUCCAAAGCCAAGGAAGAGGUGUCAAGAGGGCGGGAAAAAUAUGACGUAGUGCUUCAUGAAAUCUCCGAAUACAAUCCAAAGUAUAUAGAGGAAAUGACACAUGUGUUUGAGAAGGCUCAGGAAGCAGAAUCUAAGAGACUAAUCUUCUUCAAAGACAUGCUUUUUGCCACACACAAAUGCCUCAACAUAUCAAAUGAUCCAAGUUUGCCACGAAUCUAUGAAGAAUUCAACCACACAGUAGCAAAUGCUGAUUAUGAAAAAGAUCUUAAAUGGUGGAGCAACAACCAUGGAGUUAACAUGCCCAUGAACUGGCCAUCAUUUGAGGAAUAUUCAGAGGAAUUCCGCGACAUUAGCAGCAAAGCCAAGCGCAGUGGACAGAUCCCGGAGGGCAUCACUUUGCUGAACCAGCGCACCGUCUGCGAUGAUUUGCCAGAAUACACACCUGACCUUCAUCGUAUAAGUAAGAAGGCGCCUAAAGGAGCAGUGAGUGGAACGGGGGAUGUUACACUAACAUCUGUCAAAGGUCCUUCCAACCACACCUCGGCCACUUCAAAAUCUUCUGAUAACAACAGGAAUUCAGCUAUCAGCGAUCCACAGGAGUCUCAGGAUGCUUCUAAUCCUUUCGAUGAGGAGGAGGACCCACAUAGUCAAAACAAUGGUGUUAGUGGUGACGACGACGAGUGGGAUUACAGUGAUCGUAUGGUGGACCCCAACAAGCCAGGUGUGCCUGUCAGGGCACUCUAUGAUUAUGAAGGUGUCGAGGCAGAUGAAUUAUCAUUUAAAGUUGGUGAAGUGUUUGAAAAGCUGGAAGAUGAGGAUGAACAGGGCUGGUGUACAGGACGGAAGGAUGGACGCAUAGGUCUCUACCCAGCCAAUUAUGUAGAAUUUGCUUAAAAUCUUAUUCCUACAUUCAGUACUCAGUAUUCAUACCUGGUCAGAGGAUUGGGGCAAACUCAUCUAAAUUUAUGUACAGUAUAGUAGUUACGCCAUCAGACAAACUUUUAUAUUCGUAGAAUAUUCUGUUUAAGGGCUGUUCUAAGUGAUUGUCUUACCUCACAAAUUUAUAACAAAAUUACACAAGACAGAAGUAUAUUGAUUACUUACCACAAUAUCUUAUAUAUGUUCCUCAGUUUAUUCACCAUGGCAGUUAUUGAAUUAAUUAUGUAUACAUUUAAUUUGAUCUGCAUUUUUCCUGCUGCUUUUGAGGAGACAAUGCAGGCACAUCUAUGUAUAUUGUAUUUGCAACUAUUAACUGAGGGCAAUGCUGUACAGUUAAACCUUAAAAGUAAUAAAUCCUCAUGAAAGUGGGACUUGAGGUACAGUAACGUAAUGAUGAAGUGAUGAACUCUCCAGAACACUAUAAACUUGUAAACUUUCAGUGAAUUACAGUUUGCUUUUAUGCCUUGUUGAUACUCUAAUGAUGGGCUGCAAUUGUAGAUAGCAGUUAAUGCCACUGCAUCUUUAUUGUAGAAGCAGGGCUAUAGAAGCAACAGUGUCUGUAUGGUGUAGCAUAUCUUAGUAAUUUCACAUAAUAGAUACCUCUCUUGCUAUUCCCAAAAAUGGUUCUGUAUGAGGUAGUGCAUAUGAAAGGAAAUGCAUAUGUUAUGUGGUAACAUCUGCUGCAGUCAUUAUGAAUAUUAGGAGCCAUUAAAAUGUGUAUUUCUGUUACCCAAAUAUUUUAGGUUAUAAGAACUUCACAGCACUCUGUCAUACUAUUAAUUUUUUUUUUUAACAUUUUCGUGAUUAAAUUAAAUGACUUGCAUUGAAAAAAGCACACACAUUUAAACAAAAAUAUACAUAUAUUGCUUUUUACAAUUAUGUAAGUGUAUCAUGUAUUUUGAGUAACACUAUGUUUAAGGCCCUUAUGGGAAUAUUCAAAGAUGUCUGAAUGUAUAUUUGAUGACGGAUGUAAGCCAGGCAUUUGGUAAGUUUAGUAGAUGUACAGUAUAAUUGUUAGUGGGGAGGACAUGAGGUAGAAUGACACCAGAUGUUUGGAUGCCUCGCUGGCACUUUAUUAUACAACUCUGCAUUGCCCCGUUAUAUGGGGCAUGAGUUUAGAGUUUGCCGAGAGAAAACAAAGUUACCAAGGAAAGAUGACUGUGGGUAUAAGAGACCAUUGAAUGUUUAGAUUUGUGUUCUCAGUAAUGUCCUGGUAAUGCUGCAUAUAUAACGAAUGUACAUAGCACUUGUUUUAUUCCAGUAACUAAUGUGUACAUAAUGUUAUUUGCAUGGUGUAGGCCCUUCACUGUUAUGUAAUCACUAUGUUUCAGUGACCUUCUACAACUAUUUAUUUUGAUAGGAUACAUUCAUACAAAGAUUUCCACGUUAGCUUUAUAUCGGUGAAAUAAAGCAGGUGAUAUUCAUUUUUUUCUGUUGUUCUAUAAUAAAGAAAUUCAUAAAAAUUUAUGUGGUCAUCAAUAUAAGGGUCUGUGAUGAUUGUCCUUGUUAUUAUCCCAGGAGAGUUUAAUCUUAAUUGAAAUACAUUGGAUCAUCUUUCUUGUGUUUUAUAGUAUUCAUAUUAAUGAUGUUACCCUUUAUUAUUUUUGCUUCAGAUGUGAAAAUAUCAGCACUUGACAAAAAUAUAAGAAAAUAUAUAAUGUGAGAAUAGCUUUUCUUGUAAUUAGCAAGGCUGAAUGAAUAUAAAGAAUCAGAACUGAAAAGGGAGAUUUACAGCAAUUCCUUGAUGGAUUGUUGUCAGUCCUAUAAAUUUUGUAUUUAGUGAUGGAUGUUUCUUGAAAUUUAUUGUACUGAUCGUUAUAGGUCAUAUAAUGAAUGUACAGCUUGUUUGUUCCAGUUACUCCUUCAACUCAUGCUUGAGGCCUGUGUCAUUGCUUGGCUCUCAACAUUUUUGUUUCAUCUUGUGUGGUUUUAGACACAAAUUUUUACUGGCUGUACAAGGUAUGCAUAAUUAGUUUUCUGAAGUGUUUAUAAUAAUUAGCACUGUGGCAUUCUUUGGCAGUAAACCCAAUUAUCUUGAUAAUGACAACCAAGAUUUUAAUGAAUGAAUUCAUUACUGCUAAAUUUUAAGAAGUGGGGUUUAAAGCAGUGGCCUGGAGCUGUUUGUGUAGAGUUGUUGGUGAUGUGUAGACUGUUGGCAAGUCCAGGUGAUGUGUCUGAGUACUUGUCUGCUUCACUAUCACUUAAAUUAAGAUCAGGUAUUGUUUUAUAGGUAUCUGAAGGCGUCUAAUUUCUUUAAAGAGUUAUCUUAUUGUUGAACAUUCAUUAUAACUCGCUCAUUUCAGUAAUGCAUUGAAGAAUUAUAUGAAGAUGGUUGCAAAAGAAAAAUUAAAUUUCCAUCUAAAAUCUAGAACAAAAUCUUAAUCUGAAUAAUUAGCACCAAAAGUGUAGCAAACUUUUCUCUAUGUUGUUCCUAUAUAAAGAAUGAACAUAAGGAUACCUUUAUUUUCUUUUAUACUAGAAACCUUUGAGAUUGUUAAUCAAAACUGGGGACUAAAAAACACUAACUCCUCCUCAUGCAAACCAUAGCUCGGCAUUAGAGUAUAAUUUAGUAGGUUACAUACAGUACAUUGAACCAUUACCUGUGGUAGAUUGUGUGCUGUGAUUUGGGAUUGUCCUAAUUAAUGGAUGAGAAGGGACGAGUAUACCGUAUAGACUCUAUGACAAAUCAUGAUGAUUUGAUCACCUUCACCAGUCCUCUCCAAGCAUAUUUUUCUAUUGUCUUUAUAAAAUAGAUAGUUUUGUUUUCAUUUUUGGUUUAUAGUUAAAUUUUUUAAAUUUUUAGAUCCAUUAAUUUUGUAUGCCAUUUUUCUUGUACAUAUACUAAUUUUAGAAGACUGAUUUAUGAUAUAUUUCACUGCUCCUCUUCAUUGAAAUACUGUUUAUCUUCUAAUAACAAAUAUUAUGGGUCUUGCAGUGUUAGUGCAUAAAGAUACUAGUGUAAGUAACCACUGUAUAGCAAUAAGUCCCUAAUUUACAUUAAUAAAGUAUUUUAUAAACCAAAAUUUAAGUUGAUGGUUAACUACAGGACAGAGUUCAUGAUUUAGUAUAUUAUUUUGUGGUUUAUUAGUACAAGUGCCUGGUAUUAAUUGUUAAUUUUUAUUCAUCUGGUAGUGAAUAAAUUAUGUUUAAGAAAUAUUUGUUGAAUUAAAAUUUUAGUAGAGUAUUAACCAAUAUUUUUUUUCUUUUAAAGUUGAGAAAUGUGGUCUUUGAAAUCACUUCACCCAUUACAAGAAAAUAUAUUCAUCAGCAGCUGAUAGAUGAGUAAUUGCUAAAGAGAAUAGCUACUGUUAUUUGUUGAUUUUUUAACUGAUCUAGUUUAGUGAACCGUUUCAUUUUAUGAUUUAUACAAUACAGGUAUAAGGAACAAAAUAUACCCAUUUACCUUGUGAUUCUGAUUUAAAGUUCAAACUUCUUAAUAUUACUGUAAUUAAUAGCAUGUGUAAUAAUGUAAUUAUUUCAGCAACAAUUCUGUACCUGACAUCUUUUAAAAAUGUUUUCAUAGUCAUGAUACUCUUCAGAAUUAAAUCUUUAACUGUACAGUUCUUGUAAUAGAUGUAUAUGUUUCCCAGUUAAGAAUUUUGUUAAACAAAAAUCAAUAUCUUUACUAAUUGACAAUUUUUGGAUUAUAACCUUUAAUUUUAAUUUUGAGAAGCUUGUUUUCACUUGAAACUUCAAUUGUAAGGAUAUCAGUAUACAAGUUUAAUGGCCAAGCUUGACACAGACUUUCUUAUGACACUAAUACACCUUUUAUGUACAGAUCCCUAAAAUCUGCUCAAUAAUAGACUCCAAGAAACACCAAAAUGACUGUCAUCUCAAAUAAAUGAAUGUAUAGUAAUAUAUAUAUAUAA